AUGGUCUGGAAGCUUCGCCGAAAGGAGACCGAGACGUACAGAUACGCGCGUUUCGGCCGUGAUCCCCUGUUCAAGCACCUGUACCGACGACGCCGCAGCCCUGCCUGUGACGACUACAGAUGCCCCUCUUACACCAGACCCCAUGGGACCUAUUAUUACCCGACCUGCGACCAGGCCCACUACUGCAGAUGCGCUUGUUGUCCACGGCGGGGCAGCCGAGCAUUCGAUCUGCCUGGACUAGACUGCGACCCGGACCGCUGCCCAUGUAACUGCUACCGCAGGUCCACGUGGAAUUACCGACCGACGGGGUCAGGACCAUUUACAUCCGGAACCGCUUACGCGCGUGACGGAAAUGCAUCGCGGGGGCGCGCCGUACUUGACGUUGUCGACGAAACAGGCGGGCCCCUGUCACUCCGGCACGGGGACUGGUUUGCCGUUUCCAUUGAGUCGUGUGCCGUCGUCGAUGACAUUAUUGCCAUGCUGGCACCGGAUCAGCGGAUCCACAAGGUCGUCGUGCGUUGGAGAGACGGCGAUGUUGAGGAUCUAGACGACUUGAUCCCAAUGGACGAGAUCCGCCGUUUUGCGAAGAGACUGGAAGUCAAGAACAGAAAGAGCGUGCGGUGGACGUAG